GAUCCUCCAGACACGGUUGUGUUUCAGCUUCAACCAACAAAGCUAUAUUUCCCCUUACGAUUCCACCGAUAAAGUUCAGCUACUUCGUGAAGAAUGGAUGAGCCAGUUAAGCGCUUACUGCAGCGACUGGUGAGGCGGAUCCCGAGUCAGAUGCUGAAAGUCACGCUGGACAGCUGGGGCCGCCUGACGCCCGAGCAACGACAAUCUCUGGACUUUACUCACACUAAAGCGGCGCUAACGCAAAAAUUACUUGCCAUUUGUGAGGACAACGAAUUGACGAUGAAACAUAUCACAGAGUUAGAGAUGAUACAUGUAAUUGAGAAUCCAAACCAGGGGAUGUGGUGCACCUUCCAGCUUAUGGAUCCUGGGGAUGAUGCUCACACUUUAGAGCUGACACAGUUCAAGGAGCAGUUCAAAUCCCACCUCAGUGAACUCAUGAGACAUGUGUCCAUCAAAAUAAAGAAGCACACAGAUGAAGCUGUGUGGAUUCGUAUUGCGUGGGGAGACAGUUUCUCCCGGCCCAACCACCUGAAACCAACGUAUGUUGUUCACCAUCUCCAGACGCCUUAUGUCUUUGUGAGCAGUGUGACUUCAAAGUUGAAGCCUCUGUUAUCACAGGCCUUGGUUCUGUCUACUCGACAUCUAGCAAUAAAAGACGCUAAUCUCAGUGGACGGAAGCUUAACGCCAUCAGAGACCUGGUUAUGAGACAAUAUCAACAAGCAUUUCCUUCAAAAUAUCCCAGCUCUCUCACUGAGAACAAUCAAACACUGUCAAAUCUGCACAUAGAAAAGGAGCAGGCUGAGGCUGCGGCAAACAGGCAUCAGAUGGCUGCUGAAGCCUUUGGCGAGGGGACGUUACCUCAACUACAAUCUGCAGUUUAUAAGCUGGAAACAAAAUUCAGAGACCCCACUAAUGAGGCCAUGUCAAAGCAGGAGGGGCCGUUCAGAUGUGUGGUCAAAUUUUCAAGUACCAACCUCCUGGAGUCACUCAGACAUUGUGCAUCUUCAGGCAUUGCCUCAACUCCCGUCACUCCCCUGCUGUCAUCUAUUCCCUUGAAAGGAAGAAAUUAUUUUGUUAUCAAAGACAAUGGUCCUGGUCCCUCGUCACAAGCGCGACAAACACAGAGCUGAAGAUUUCAGAACUGUGACAUGAAGGACGAACUACACGCCCCAUUCUUACUUCCCUUUAGUCCAGCGCGGAUGUUUAUUACGACACUGUUCUCCUUGUCCAUGCUGCUCUAGAAGAGGCCGUCUCGUCCUGGACUUCAGAUGCCAUCGUUGUUCUUUUCCUCUCAGUAUAUUCCCUCGAGUUUAAGAAUGUAGGUAACUGAAUAUUAGAGACUGUCACUUAAUUUUUACAUAUUGUCAGCAUAAUGUCAGAACAUUUUGUUCCAUUACUCUUCUGUUUUACAUCAUUUCAAAGGAGAAACGUUACAGCCCUUUUCAAACAUUAACACAGUUCCUCUGGGUCUUAAUGUAAUGUCUGUGAGGGUUAGUCGUAAUUAUUUACACCUGAAUAUAUGAUUUUAACUACAGAAAGAUAUGUAUUUCUUCACGUGGACUCUAACAAAACGGUGACUUUUGUUGUCAGCUAGUUAAAUGUCUGUGUUUAAUGUCCGAGGUGAACAAGCUUGGCAGAUGUACAUACGCUUUAUUUUAUCCUCUGUAUAAUAUUUUAUGCCACAGAGCUGUAAAAUGUGUUAAACAGGCUCAGCUAUUUUCUGUAUCUCCCUAACUGCAUCCACACAUGUUUACUCCAUAUUCUCAAUAAAAGUUUAAUGAA